CUUCCCCUCUCUUCCUUCCUCCAGAUCAGUAUGGUAGUUUCCCUCUCUCUUUCUCUCAAGUUUCUUCCAGUCCUUCUGUUCCUCUCCAGCGAAUAGCCUCACGCUGUCACUGUCAAAUGUUCUACAUUACUUUUGGCGGACAAGUAUCUCAAGAAGACUGCCCUGCUCCUCUCUCUCCGGCUCACGAGAAGAUGUCUUCGUCUUCAGAAGCUGUGGAUACUUUCACGUUUAGAUACCCACUGGCCGAAGUCCAUACCACAUCAGAGCAAUAUUCUCUCAUUCUUGAUAUCCUCAACAAGCUUCUACUGUACAAGGAGCCAAGACGAAAGGAGGCGACGGAGCAGCACGCUAGGAUGAACUUUACGUUGCAAUUGACGAGCGUAUCAGAUAUAAGGAAACCGGUACUGGCUCUCCAGAAUAGAUUAAGGCAGACCCUGAAAAGGUUAAAAGCACUUGAGAAUGAUCUAUACAUUGAGCUAAAAUCAGGAACUGAUAGUACUUUACAAAUGAGAGACACAAUUGAAAAAGAAUUAGGACAAACUAAAGACGCUUUAUCUCAGGGAAGUCUUGAACUGAGAGCCAUGAUAAGAGCUUUCAAAGAGAAACGAUUCGAAAUGUCACCAUCUCAUGCACGAACUGACAGAGACGUGUCCCCAAUGGCUCCGGAGCCUGUCCGAAGAAUAGAGGUGUGGCUUGACGACGCCCAGUGGUCGCUCAUGCAAGAUGACGGUCAAUUAAAAAUUUCUACGAUACAAUUAACUAAUUUUAGUUAUAAUCGUGUCACUUUUAACGACGAUUCUGGCGAACAUAGACUAGAGCUUGGGUCAUUUAGAGUUAAAAAUUGCAUACCCAACGUUCAGAGUAUUUUUCAGGAGGUACUGUCUCCUUAUGAUCCUGCUUCAAGAAGAUUGAGAGUUGAUAAAAAUGUUUCUUUGAGAAUAUUCUGUAGAGACAGGCCAAGAGUUGCUGGUAUUUCAGUGACGGAGCAUUUAGAGAUCAAUGUGGUUCCUUUGGCCGUGAGGCUCACAGAGAAACUCUAUCAGACCAUACAGGCUUUCUUCUUACCUAAAGCAGAAACUGAAGCUAAGGAUACUGCAGAACCUGACCACUCGCACGUUUUUGGAUACCAAC